UUUAUAUGCAUGUAUAUCUCCCAUUCAAAUAAGAAAUUAUCUUCUGCAAAAAUGGGAACUCUUCUUGAAUGAGUGCAAAUGCAUGAACUUAAAACAUUCUCUUCCUUUUUCCAUUCAUUUCUUGAUUAAUUGAAUGAAAUAUGCAAUUCAGUGGUCACUGUCAAGUUUUUGAAGAUCGCAUGCUUCUUUCAUCCAUUGCAGCAUAAACAUCCUCAAAGGUUUCUGUUUACAAACUUAGAGCAUCAAUGGAGGCUAGACUGCGAUCUGCAGACGAUGUACACAAAAGAAAGCUGCAGAAAAUCAAAGUUGAAGAUGUGGUCAAGCCAUUCCAACAACCCUUUCAAGAAAAGAGUACAAGGUUGAAGCUCCAUCACCUCAAACUUCUCUUGUUUGUUUUGGUAAUUGCAACUUUCAUCAUUCUUCUAGCUACCCCAAAUGGUUGUCCCCGCUACACCUCAUCCCAACCUUCCAAUAAGCCUCAUUUGGUGAAAAGGUGGUGGAUUUGGGGGGUUCCAGAUCCCAGAUACAUAUCAGACUUGGUUGUUAACUGGGAUGAGGUGUCCAUUGUUGUCAAUGAAUUAGCAGAAAGCGAGAAGAUCAGAAGAACGGGUCUCCUCAACUUUGAUGAGGAUGAGAUCAGGCAAUGGAAACAGAUGAUUCCAGAAGCUAACCACACAGUCCUGCAUCUUGAUCAUGUCGAACAGAACGUGACUUGGGAGACCUUGUAUCCCGAAUGGAUCGAUGAGGAACAAAUGUAUGAAACACCUAGCUGCCCUUCUCUACCAAAGCUUGAUGUUCCUAGAAAACCGAUCGACUUGAUCGCGGUUAAGCUCCCUUGCAAGGGGAACUGGACUAGAGACGUGGCUAGGCUACACCUGCAGCGUGCGACUGCUGGUUUAGCCUCAUCUGCUAAAGGCACCCGCCCAGUACACUUGCUUUUCCUUACUCGCUGUUUUCCCAUUCCGAAUCUAUUCACUUGUCAGGAGCUUGUUGCACACAAAGGCAGCGUUUGGCUGUACAAACCAAACUUGAAUGUCCUGAGACAGAAGCUCCAGCUCCCAGUAGGAUCCUGUGAACUAGCCCUUCCAUUUGGUGCCACAGGAGUAUUGGGAGAGCCCAAGCGUGAAGCAUAUGCAACGAUCCUACACUCAGCUUACGUAUAUGUGUGUGGAGCCAUAGCUGCAGCAAAGAGCAUCAGAAUGGCGGGAUCAACCCGAGACAUGGUGAUUCUUGUUGAUAACACCAUUAGCGAAUACCACAGAAGUGGACUAGCAGCUGCAGGGUGGCAGGUCCGUACAAUCCAGAGAAUAAGGAACCCUAAAGCAGAGAAAGAUGCAUACAAUGAGUGGAAUUACAGCAAGUUCAGACUAUGGCAACUCACUGAUUACGACAAGAUAAUCUUCAUAGACGCGGAUCUCCUAAUCCUCAGAAACAUGGAUUUUCUCUUCGGGAUGCCUGAGAUUUCUGCCACAGGGAAUAAUGGCACCCUCUUCAACUCUGGAGUGAUGGUGAUAGAGCCUUCCAACUGCACAUUCCAACUCCUCAUGGAUCACAUAAACGAAAUUGAAUCUUACAACGGCGGAGAUCAAGGGUACUUGAACGAAAUAUUCACGUGGUGGCAUCGCAUUCCGAAACACAUGAAUUUUCUGAAACAUUUCUGGAUCGGUGACGAACAGGAUGUCAAGCAGAGGAAAACAGAGCUGUUCGCGGCGGAGCCGCCGGUCCUAUACGCCAUCCACUAUUUGGGAUACAAGCCGUGGCUGUGUUACCGCGACUACGAUUGCAAUUGGAACGUGGACAUUCUGCAGGAAUUCGCGAGCGACGCAGCGCACGACAAGUGGUGGAGAGUGCACGAUAGCAUGGAGGCGGAGCUGCAGGAUUUGUGCCUGCUGAGGUCGAAGCAGAAGGCGCAGUUGGAGUGGGACAGGCGGCAGGCGGCGGCGGCGAAUUACGGUGACGGCCACUGGAAAAUCGAGAUACGAGAUCAGCGGCAGAAGAGGUGUACGGAUAGGCUGUGUGAUUGGAAGAGUAUGUUGAGACAUUGGGGGGAGAAGAACUGGACUUAUAACCCCUACUUCCACCCAUCGCCGCCGCUCGUGAAACUACGGUCCCGUACCAAACCACCACCGGUGUCGUCGUCUUAAUGGUUAUCAGUGAAUGUUCAGAUUUAAAUUAAUGCGUGAUUAUUUUGUUUAUUAAAAUGACGCAGUGCCAUUAAUUUUGCUUCAUUAGCUCUAGGCUAGAUUGUAUCUUCAUCUUCAUUAGGAUUUGAACACUCCACACUAUUGAGUAUUGAGUUAUACCCGAAACAUGCUCUCUCAUUAUGGAUCUUUCAUAUGCAGUUUUUAUUAUUUCCUCCCUUCUUUACAACGUCGCCAAAUUUGAUAUGAACAUGGAAUAAAAAAGUAAAAACAAUGUGAUUACAUACUUAGAUACUUAAAUGAAUAAUUAUAGUUGUAUGGUGUUAUUUUAAAUGUAAAUGAUAAAGUUUUUGGGAUUUCCCUUUAAUAUUUCUAAAAAAGUAACUAGUUUUAAAUUUUGACAAAAAAUGAUUAACAAGGUCAUCAUUAUCGUUCUAGCAUUUUUGCUCAGUGAAACUACCGUCAAUUACGUCAUUGACACCCCGUCGUCGGCCACCAUAGCGACGGAUGUCACCCAACGGUGACCUUCACAAGCCCCCCUCCUCAACCCCUGCAAAAUUGUGCCAACACCACUCAACCCCAGCAACAACUGACUUCGACAACCACAACACGCCUCCAGUCCCUGAAAUUGCGGGAGCCCUACACCGCACAACGCCCCCAAGCUGUGAGUCGCCAGACCCUGUCCUAACCAGUGACCCUUCCCCUGCCUCAAGCCAUGUUGUAACCGGUAACCCUCCCCUGCCCCUCACUAUAAUCGCCGCCCCAUAAAACCUAGCCACCAUACCCACCCACCUAGUCUUCGUCAUCCCAUAGUAGCCCCACCUUGUAACCCUCGACACUGCCCCACUCAUAUAUAACCCUAGUCACCUCUGAGGUGACCUGAAGGCGUGGCGACCGGGAGGUGAAGGCGGUGAUCUGGAACUGAAGUGAAGAUCAGGACACGGUACUAUGGAAUCGGAGAGACGACCUGAGGCAGAGCUAUCUUCAUCUUCAUCUUCGCAACAGCUUUGUCAUUGGAGGUUUGAUCUGAGGUGCAGAGAGAGAUGAUGCUUUGGGAGAGGAAAAGAUUUGGGCGACCGAACA